GACAUUACAGAAAAGUUUAAAAAAGUUUUUGCCGUGUUAAAGUUACUUUUAAAACUUUAAUGGUUCUUUUAAAACGGUUUUAGGUGUAAAUAUAAAACGUCGGGAGCUAACUACUUAAUGCAUAAAAGCUAAAGUCGUGCGUUGUGUUAAGUUGUUUUAUAAUUUACAGUAUAUUGUAUUGUGUAGGUGGCUGUGUUGGUCGGUUCGUUCUAAUGUGAAAGUGUAUUUUCGCAUAAAAUUUAGAUCCCAUUGUUCCAAACUUUCCGGGUGACAAUAAAGAUAAUGUACGAGUGUCUUGUGUAAAAUAUUCGCCUGGAGGCGUUAUGUAUUGUACUCGCUAAAGUUUUAAGGAGUUCAAAAUUGAGUAGGAGAAAUGAAUGUUCAGUCACAAGAGAAUGUCCGGCUUAUAUCAUCAGACGAGGGCGACGGCAGCUCGGACAGUCGGUCCGACAGCAGUGAGGACGAAGUUACAGAGCACGUGACGGCCACUCCACCACCCAACAUGGCCGCUGCGAGGGCACAGGUACCCACUAUAAGUGUGACACCGCACAGCCCCGGCGUGUUAGAUGACAGUCUUCAGCAGCUGCGGAGGCUGCAUGCGGCUGUUCAGCGUAUGAGGGCUGCCCCACUGCCCUUACUGGCAAUAGGGACAAGUCGUCUAAGUACAUCGUGUCCCUCGUUGUGUAAAGAUGGGGUGGUGGAGACUGAAUGCUCAUCGCCAACCCAUUUGGACUUUUAUCCGCAAAGUAGGAAGGGUAGCGGUGAGUCCCGUCAAUGGAUGUCGUGGGAUAGGCGGGAUGAAGGCAGACGAAGCUCAUGGGCGGCACUGGAACCCGCGCCCCCUCAACCAGACACGCAGAGACAUAGAGGUGCGUUAAACGGUCACAGUGCCUCCUUAUCAUCAAUGGAAUCUGAAGGUGACGCACCACGACCUGUGAGACAUUCCACGCACUCACUCAAUGACAAUGAUCUCGCUAAGGAAUUCGAAAAAGUAACGGCAGCACUCCGAGGCGCUAGUAGCGCGGUCCCGAGUAGUGGAAGCUCGAGGCUACUGGCGCGACUGCCGUUGCAGAAGAGUGUAUCGACGCCCAGCAUCGUUGCAGCGGUGCAACCGCCGCAGCCGCCGCCACCGGCUAAUAUCCUAUCAGCCGGUGGUGCGAGCGAGACAGAAAGCGACGAAGACGCUUCAGCUGCCACAGUAGGCGCGACACAACUAACUGGUCGGAGGAAUAAUUCGCAUCAGGAGCAUUUGGGGUUACAUCGGCUGGCGUUUUUAGAACAAGCGUCCUAUGAUCAUCACGCUGAAAAGCGACGGAAACGAGGCAGCCUAUUCUUUAGAAAGAAAAAGGACAAGUCUCGCAAAGCGGCGCAUGUGUGGCAAGCGGCGGUGGCAGGUGGACACUGUGAUUGGUGCCAACGUGAGUUGUCUGACAAACCGGCACUUUACUGUGAAAAUUGUACCAUGACUGUGCAUCAAAAUGUAUGCAAGGACUACAUUGUUGAGUGCAAUAAACCAAAAACAUCAAAGACAACAGUCGGAAAGUCCCUAAGUGCCAGCAGUGGCAAGAGCAGCAAACGAAGCUCUGUUUCCGGGCAAUCCCAGAAUUCGAAUAGCACGAGUAUAUACAAUGAUGAGAAGGACGGCUCUGAUCAUAAACACGAUCAAAGCAAUGCGUCAGAUGAUGGCGUGACGGAAUGGCCUGAAGUAUACAUAACUUCAGACCAACUUGGUGAAGAGGCGAUUGUACUGGGGCUUGGUGCUACGGAGCCCGAGACCUGGGCAGCUGGUGCUCCGAAGGGCCUGGCUAAGAGUAUCGGUGAAAGAGAAACUAAACGUCAGGAACACAUCUACGAGUUGAUUUUGACGGAGAAGCAUCACUGUCUCACAAUACGACUUAUGCAAAAGAUGUUCGUAGAAGGAAUGACGCGCAUCACAGGUAUAACGGACGCCCAAGUGAGCCGAAUGUUCCCACGCCUUGACGAGCUAUGGUACAUACAUGCGGCGCUCUUGUCCCGUCUUAGAGCAAGACAGCGGACGGCGCCGAGGGUUAACACUAUAGCGGAUAUAUUGGCCGACGCGUUCGCCUCACCUGAUCAUCAUACAUUGAAAGCGGCUUAUGGUGAAUUUUGUUCGCGACAUCGUGACGCUGUGGAAGUGUUUAAAGAAUGCUGCGCCCGUGAGGCGAAACUCGCGAGGUUCAUUAGAAAGUGCCAACAAAACCCUUUACUUCGGAAGAAGGGUGUACCAGAAUGUGUGUUGUUCGUAGCACAAAGAUUGACGAAGUACCCUCUACUGUUAGAGCCCUUAUUGAAGACGGCUGGAGAUGAUCUCACUGAACGAGAGUUAUUACAGAAGGCCCUAUGUGGUGUAAAGGAAAUAUUAGUCGACGUAGACAAUCAAGUGGCUGCCAAAGAACGUGAGGAUAGAAAACUCGAGAUUUAUCACAGGAUUGACGCUAAAUCUUUUGCGAACUUCCGUGGAAGAAAGUUCAAGAAGAGUGAUAUUCUACAAGGGAAUAGGAGUCUUAAAUUUGAAGGUGUUGCUACAUUAAUGCAAGGCAGAAGCAAAAUGCAGACCUUAAUGGUGAUUGUACUGACAGAUGUGCUGUUUUUUCUUCAAGACAAUAAUAAUAAAUAUACGUUCUUCACGCCUGAUAAUAAAACGGGCGUAGUAUCUCUAUGCAAAGUAUUAGUACGGGAAAAGGCGGGUGCAGAUGGGCGUGGCCUUUACAUAAUCUGCAGUGGGCCAUCCGACCCUGAAAUGUUCGAGUUGAGAGUCCACAGGCCGAAGGAUAUCGCUAACUGGAUACAUGCUAUUAGGGCGGCAGUGCAAAGCUGCCCUGAAGAAGUAGAAGAGAGUGAGACAGGCCCACAUGUGCCCUCUGCAGAGGAGAAGCAACGCCUGCUAGAAGCUAGACACGAGAAUAUAAGACUGAUUACUGACGAAACGCCUCAACGGCACAUUGAAGAGGCACUUCGAACGAAGGAUAAAGAACACGCGGUACUUUUGGAAGAAAAAAUGUCUUUACAUAUGAAAAUGUUUGGGCAUACAGGCGCCUCGACAUUGGAAUUACCAAAUACUGGUGUAACUACAGUAUUUCCGGGUGGGUUGGUCUUUCCCGACUACGUAAGAGUGGCCGCACCCACGCCUGAUACUCAUGCGCUGUGGCAAGAAGUCUGCAAAGUUGUUAAGGAUGCACUCGAAGUAUGCAACGCGUACAGUACGUACACUAGUCACAAUACGGGGGGAGUUGCGGUGGGCCGGAGCACGAGUUCCGCGGGAGAAAAGCACUCAUUGGCUUACGAGAGCCCUGCGUUACCUCGACGAGCUGAUACUUUCGCUGGUUUCGAUGCUAAUAAACAUCGAACUCAAGGCGUAACUCCCCGCAUGUCAACAGACACGCCGACGGAGACGGAGAACGCGGAAAGUCGGGAAGCGGAGGUUAGCGGACGGGAGGCGGCUCUGAAGCUCCAACACGCGAUAUACACGCUCACUUGUAUCGUGUGGCAACAACUCACCACUAUACAUAGUUUGGAGGCUCAAGUGUGCGCGUGGCGUUCUUCCGGCGGCAAUGCGGCCCGAACGCACGAUGCGCAAUUAGAAGAGCUACGACACGCGCAGUCGCGGUUGACGGCCGAUAGAGCCGCUUGGGAAGCGCAACGUACUGCCGAUAGGGAUGCGCUUGCGACUGAAAAACGUCAGCUGCAAGCGAUGCGAGAGCAGCUAGAGGAGCAACAAAAGGACGUGGAGCAACAACGGGAGAGGCUUUAUAGGAGGCUCGAGAGGCUGCAACAACAUGGUGGAUCGCAAGAAGAAAUAGCAAGUGUGGGUACCCUUUCGCCCGACUCGAGCGUCAGUGAUACUCACCGACGGAAGGAACCAAAGUGGCGUAGUUUCGCAGACAACCGCGGCUCGACGGGUUCCGAAUCGGGCGCAAGUGUUUGCAGCAAUCGGGGACCACCUCUGCCGCCGCCGCAACUACUGUCCGCUCAGAAUGAGACCAGAGCUAUCGUCAGGGCACCCGUGCAGCAAAUGGUGAAGCAGCAGUUACCGCUGAAGUUAGCGAGUGGCAAAUCCCAACAGCCACCGCCGGGUUACCACAGACUGCACGAAUCGCCCAGCGAUCACCACCAAGGCGUAGUUAUUCAUCACACGCGCACUGGCAGCUCUCCUGCGCAGAUGCCAUCGCAGCAGCCAGUUACUAAUAAAGCCACCAGAACAAACACAUACCCGAAAUUACCAGACAAAUUUCGCGUACGAUCUCCCGAAUCAAACCCGCUACCACCUCCACCGGCGCCUAACCCACCCGAAGAAGAAGUGAUAUAUUUCUGACAGUCAGGACUUUCGAAAACUCCUCCGGAUUCCUGAGGCUGUCGAUUGUCCUAAACCCGAUUCGAAGGACCAAAAUGGUAAUGUGUCAUAUUUCCUAGAAAUAUUUUCUUGUUUUUUUUUUUUGUUAUAAAGGUUCGAUUACCAGAUAUCUAUACCAGAUACACUCAAAUUCAGAUUCGAAGCUAAACAUGGCUCCAGUAUGUUAAAUCGCGACUAAAUCUUACCCUAGAUUGUGUUAAUAUUUAAAUCAAUAAAAAGUUUUAAAAUAUAACUAACUUUUCGGCAACGCACUCGAAAGCCCUCUGGCAUUGAGAGUGCCCAUGGGCAUUAACAUCAGCUGAGCCCCCCCUGUUCUAUAAAAAAAACUAUGUCCGAAUAAUCGAAUCUUUAUCCACUAUUGUCAAGUGCAGCUUUGUAACUUUAUUAUUUUAAUAUAUUUGUGUAUUUCUUCGGCAACCAAAUUAUUUCUGUAGCGAACUCUAUGUUAACCUUCAGAUUGAUAUGUUAAGAAGGGUUUAGGAUAACUCUAGGUUUAGAAUAUUGUGUAAAAUUAUUGUUAUAAGGAUUCUAGUGACAAUCAUUGGAAAUGUUGCAUGACACAUGUUUGUUGCUCUAAUAAUAAAUGAUGUUUUCCGUUUAUAAAUCCGGCAAGCCUAUUAGAAUCAGUUAUUUAUUUACAUACUUGGUUAUUGUAUUGGCAACAAAUAAUCUAUUACAUUCCGUUUCUUUGAUCUCUAUUAGUAUUAUAUUUAUUUUGUGAUGCGAUGGCAACUUUUCUGUAGUUUUUCAUUAUCCGUUUAAAGUUACGAACUUUAGACAGGGCAACUUUUGGGUUGCCAGUUUAUAAAUAAAGUUACAUGUUUAUUAUUGCUAUUCAAGAUUAGCAAAAUCGUAAUAUUGGAUAAAUACAUUUAAGUCUGUAGGAUGUGUUUUUGAAUGAUGUUUCGAUUCUGAAUAUUAUAUAAACGCCACUUUCUUAAAACUACUUUUUCGUGUGGGAUACAAAUGUUUUAACCAUUUUGCACCACAGUAGACAUUAUUUGCCGUGAUAAAUGGAGAGUACUAAAGUAUAAAAGUAAAUAUUUUAAGUCCGUUUCUAAGUUCGUGGAUCCCACAAUUCAAAGAAACUUAUUAAAAUGAAAUACCACUAAUUAAACGUUGCGAUAUGUUUCUUAAUACAAAUUUAUUCUCCAAUUUGCCAAUUAAGUAAUUCAAGGUUUAUGAAUGCUUUAAUACAUUUUUUUUUAAUUUAGUUGGAGUAUUGAAAAUGGCGUUCUGCUAAAAUCUAAAAGAUUGCGAGGCGUAUAUAUAAAUACGUUAAUAUUAUCCGCUAUGAGGCUGAUAGGGUCCGGUGUGAAAAAGUAGUGAUUGACUUAGGUAGCUAUUAGAAUUGUUACAGUGCGUUUUAUAAAUACAUAGUUGUUGACUACGGUUUUGAUGUAGGAUAGAAGUUACGCCCCAUUACUUUAGAUAUGAAUUUAAAAGUUCUAUUAUUCGUCGUUUGUUAAAUAUUAAUGGGGCAAAUCCGAAUUACUUAUUCCUGACGUACAAAUCAACCUGUUGUUUCAGAUAUCAUGUAAAAUUAUACUAAUAGAAGUUGCUAUCUCUUACGUGUUAACCACAAUUAUACGAUAUUUUAGCUGUUCAAAACAUUUCAAAGUUAUGAAAUCUGUAGCACGUUUGGUGAUUAUAUCCGGAAUUCAUGAUUGUUGUAGUAUAUGGAACUAGUAUCGCGAUAUAUAUUUUUCCAAAUUAUAUUAAUAGAUACAUUAUUUACAUAUAUUAGAGAAAUUUUAAACAGUCUAUAUUUACUAUUACAAUAUGAUACACGCAAUUGUAUUUUUGUUUUUGUUGACAAAUUCUACUAUAAUUAACCCACAAACGUAAUGCAGAAAUAUUAAACAUUCAACUCUCUUAACAUUGUUUUUGGAUUAACUGUAGAUGAGUCUUAUUUUUCUGUUUCAAAUUAUUUUAAUGGUAUUAGUACUAUAUUCAUAAUACAUUAAAUUCGUGUUAAAUUGUAAAUAACGUUAAAUUAUAAAAUAAAAUGUUAUUGACGUUUAUAAUCCUUAUUGAGAUUGGCAAUUGCAUGUUGUGAUUGCCGAAGUGACCGGGCUAAAGAAGGACCAGAAGUGUGCCCUUGACGUGAAAUUGUAUAGGGGACAUACAAUUGCUAGUCUUACGCAUUUAUUAUAUCUUGUGUGCAUAUAAUUAAAAUCACAAAGCAUUGUUCUCUGGUUUGUUUCCAUACUUUCAUACUAAUUCUACAAUCAAAUUAUUUUUAAAUACCUUUAUUUGACAAAAUAAAUGAAGAAAAAAAUUGGUUUUAUGCACACAAAAUAAGCUCACUUAGUAUAUGAUUGUUACUUACAUGACUAUGUAACUAUUUUUCGUGCAUUUACUGUAUGUAAUCCUUACUAUUUAGUCUUUUAAUGAGGUGAUAUUUUAAACUAUUGACUCACUUUGUAUAUAUGAAUGUUGAAGUUUGAAUAUUAGAUAUAUUUUAAAUAAUAUUCACAUAUUUUAAAGCAAUUACGAGGUUUAUAUAUCUUGUCUUUUCCUAAAAUGAUCCUAAUAAAGACUUCUAAACUCUUGGUUAUUUAAGUGAUUAACUAUAAUCACCAUCUUUCCACCUAGGAUCAUUAACCUGUUAGUAGAAGUGUUUAUAUUUUCAUACGUUUUAAUCUAUGAAUUAUCCGCGAGUAACGCAUAUAUGAUGUUGUAGCUGUUGGUUGAAACAUUAUUGCUCAAAUGCAGCUCUUGAGAUAUUGAUCAAUUAAUUUGUUGGUAGUACGAAAAAUUUUUAAAUCUCUUUUUUGUGGUCGAUAAUGUUAUAAAGAUUACAUGACAAUAAAUAAAAUAUAAAUUAACCGAUUUAAUAUCGAAAUCUAUUAAAUAAAUAUUUUGGCGAUAUAAUUAUAUUAAAAGCAAUCUAUUCUAUAUGGCAAUACAAUUUAGUAUAUCAUGCAUUUAUUGUUUUAAACUUUAGGCAUAAUAUUGAAUUUAAAAGUAAGAAAAUAAAAAUAUACUACUUAGUAAUUUAUGAAACACUAGUUUAGUAGUACUUUUUCAAGUUUUUUCUUAAAAGUAUAAUACAUCAAUUGCAUUCCUUAAAAUAAGGUUUCAUUAUUGUCUUUUAUAUCUGUUAUAUGGAAGGGACAGCAAUAUAAAAACAAAUUUUACUUUCCCCUUAAAAUGUAAACUUCGCGUUUGUGACGUUUGCAUACAUUUUCCUUUUGAGACUUGUAACACAGUACAAAAUUGCGUUUUCAAUGAGCAUUAUAUCAUUUCAUUUAUCGUGUUAAGUAUUUAGUUUAAAAUUUAUCAAUUAAGAUAAUAGUCAAAUAACUUUCUUCACGAAUAUCACAGUAUUUUUUGUCACUGAGUUAAUUUUUUAGGAUAAUUUUAACAUCUGCUAUAUUUGCGUAACAAGAACGCUUAUAGUGGACUUAAGUGAGACAUUACUUAGUAUAAGUUUUGUGGCAAUAUAUAGUGGAUAUGUUAGCUUUAAUGAAUUGUUUCGAUUCUACUGUCUAUUCCCUCCAAAAUUUAUUUUUAUCUGUGGCAACGACAAUACUGUCAUGUAUUGCUCAAAAUUGCUCACACUGUUCUUUAGCAAUUGAUAUUACUUACAAUUUGUAUAAAAUAUUAUUUGUAUGACUAUUAACUAUCGUGUAUCGUUACUAAUUUGUUGAUCUGUCUGGGCGUCGCCUACAUUUAAUUAGAAUAGAUGAAUGAAAUAAACAUACUUAGAAUUA